AUGCCCACCUUCGAGGAUCGGACCCUGCUGCCAUACGUAGAGGCCCUGUUCCGAGAGAUACUGCGCUGGAGGCCUGUGCUGCCUCUGGGAGUUUCUCAUGCCGCGAGCGAGGAGGAUAUCUAUAAAGGGUACUAUAUACCAAAGAGCAAUCUUGUCCACCUCCGGAUAUUCGGGCAGCACAUAAUUGUGGUCAAUACCUACGAAGAUGCCAUAGAACUGUUCGAGAAACGUUCUAACAUAUACUCGGAUCGGCCUCACCUGGAAAUGAUUUACUUAAUGGGAUGGGACUUCAACUCAGCCCUGAAGCACUACGGGGACGACUGGCGCCAACACCGACGACUCUUCCAACAGCUAUUCAAAAGAGAGGUGUCCAUUGAGUAUCAGCCAAUUCAGACCAGGAAGGUCAACGACAUGCUUUACGGCCUCCUUACCACCCCCGAAGAUUUCAUCGCCCAUGCUAAAACCGUAACCGCCGCAAUCAUCGUGUCCACGAUGUACGGUCAUGACAUCACACCCAAGAACGACUAUUUCGUCACCUUGGCAGAGACUGCGCUGGCGAAACUCCGCGAAGCCGUCUUUCCUGGAGCGCUCGCAGUGAACGCCUUCCCCAUCCUCAAAUAUUUGCCGACCUGGUUUCCUGGGGCGGGGUUUAAACGAUUCGCACUGGGCGUUCAGGACCUCGUCAAUCAGAUGCUUACAGUCCCAAUUGAAGCGCUGGAGAAACGUUUGGCGGACGGGACUGCCCAGCCAUGUGUAUCUUCCAGUAUUCUGGAAGACUGCAAAUCUAAGGAGGAAUAUGAAGUGAUCGAAGCAGUGGCUGCAACUGCUUACGCCGGUGGAUCGGACACCACUGUCUCGGUCAUCGAAACCUUCUUCCUGGCGAUGACCAUGUUCCCCGAGGCUCAGAAGAAAGCGCAAGAUGAAAUCGACAAAGUCGUCGGCAACGGUCGCAUGCCAACUUAUGACGAUAGAGAAUCUCUGCCACUCAUUGAAGCAUUCGUCAGGGAGCUCUUACGGUGGCGGCCAGUGACCCCACUCGGUGUUUGGCAUGCCUCAACCGAGGAGGACAUCUAUAACGGGUAUUAUUUACCAAAAGGGGCGACGUUCUUUCCCAACGUCUGGGCGAUGGCGCAUAACCCGCAGAAAUACGACCGCCCAGAGGACUUCAAUCCUGAUCGGUUCUUUGGAAACGACAGCAAAUUGAAUGAUGAUGAGGUUCCGUACGCUUUCGGGUUUGGAAGACGACUUUGCCCUGGUCGAUAUAUGGCAUCUGCCACUCUUCCAAACCAGAUAUGGCUCUCUGUGGCCACCGUCCUCGCGUUGUUCAACAUCCAAAGAACAAAAGAUGCAGACGGCAACGAAGUCUGCCCAGAAGGAAAGUACUGCGAUGAAUUAGCCCUGUAA